AUGGUGUCGAGUGACGUCUUCCCAUGUCGAUCGGUUGUACCCGAGGUUAUGACUUCCGGUUGUGGUGGCAGUAACACUAACCAGCCUACAACAACACUCGCGCCUUUCACCAACACAGUUAAAGGGCAGCAAAAAUGCAGGGACUCCGCACCUAAUUGCCCAGGCUUUAUGAUCCAGUAUGACAAGGACGGGUGUCCUUAUUGUGGGUCCGGCGGACCCGGAUCAAUGAAUGGCAACGGAUUUAUGAACCACGGCGCGGAGACAAAUUGCCUGACGUUCGCGGAGUUUAUGAAGUGUCCAAUGCGAUGUCAUUAUACAGACCCUGUGGACGGUUGUAAUAAAUGCACGUGCGACUCAAACGGAAACCCUAUCACAACGCCAACAACAACAACACCAUCAACGACGACAACACCGACAACAACAACAACACCAACAACGACGACAACACCGACAACAACAACAACACCAACAACGACGACAACUCCGACGACGACGACAACUCCGACGACAACGACAACAACACCAACGACAACACCAACAACGACGACAACACCAACGACAACGACAACAACACCAACGACAACACCAACGACAACACCAACAACGACGACAACACCGACGACGACGACAACACCGACGACGACGACAACACCGACGACAACAACUACUAAAGCAACGACAACACCAACAACAACUAGCAAACCUACAACUCCGUCCACAGCAACUCCAACAACAACUUCACCUUCACCAACAACGUCAACAUCUGCUCCAACAACGACAACGACUCCGACAACAACAACGACUCCAACAACAACAACCACUCCAACAACAACAACGACUCCAACAACAACAACGACUCCAACAACAACAACAACGACUCCAACAACAACAACGACUCCGACAACAACAACGACGACACCGACAACAACAACGACCCCGACAACUACGACAACUCCGACGACAACAACGACCCCGACAACAACAACGACACCGACAACAACAACGACCCCGACAACAACAACGACUCCGACAACAACGACAACUCCAACAACAAGUACGGCAGCUCCGAAUACUACCUCAGCAACAACGCCAACCAAGAAACCAACGAUAACCACAAAACAACCGCCAAAGAUCACAUUGCCGCCAUCGCUAGCAACUACCCAGAAAAUAACAUUGCCACCAUCACUAUCCUCAACUACACCCACAACCACAACCACAACAAAGGCCACCACGACAGGCUGUCCUCCGUUUCCAAGCAACUGUCCAGGACCCUGUGGGAACUUUGACCCCGUGACCUUUUGUCCCAUUUGUGACUACAAGCUUUGUGGCAUGACACCUCCCCCAGCUAGUGCGUCUACUUCCGCCGGAUGUCCAGCCAUGUUCUGCGUCCUCAGCUGUCCGAAUGGUUUCAAGAAAGACAACAAAGGCUGUGAUAGAUGUGAAUGCAUAUAAGGAAAUAAAAAACAAGGAAAAAACUCAACAAAGCGUUUUAUUUCAAUUUGUCUUUCAAUAGUAUUUGGAGGAAACAAAAUCUUGAUUGUGCAUCGAAUUUCAACGUGUGAAUAAGAACAGGACCACUUAAACAUAUGUGUAUCGGAUCGUAUUACGUCACCAGCUUCUCGCGCCAAAAGGUUAGGUCCUCCUGGUUUCGAUUUCUCAAAAGAAACUGAAGUGGAAACUUGGACUUCAUUGCUCAAAUAAAUGAAAACUCGAAGUUGAGUUAAAUUUUUUCCGAGAAAUCCAAGCCGAGAAGACUGCGGCUUGAUCCAACAGUGAUUUCCCCCCUUCCCUCAAACAAACAUUCAUGCAGAUGAUGUAAGGUUCCCAAGCAAAUGAUGAAUUUUUCCAAAAAUGCCAAUGGAGUUAUAUUUAAGAAGAUAUCUGUUCCAAGAGGAAAUCGAAUUCAGCACUAUUUGUAUCUGAAAUUUAUUUGGGGGUACUCACAUACAG